AGAGCUAAUCGGCCUCCACAGAAAACGUCAAAGUAUAGAAGUGAAAAGACCAUGGAAAAGACAUGGAAAAGACCCUGAUGACAUUGAUGAAUAUAAACAACACGUGGAAUUGAAUUGAAGUAGGAGACUAAGUUACAAUUAACUACCAAAAAAAUAUUACUGUAAAUGUGAAGUUAUUCUAAUAUCUAACAUGUCUGUGGAUAGUGAUUCAAAAGUUCUUUCAAUACUAGAAAAUAUCAAGAAUAAAGCAGUUCAAAUUUCAGAUGAAAAAAGUGUCAGUGCUAAAAAUGAUCAAGAAACUAACACAACUUUAAUAACUAAAAAAGGAGAUAAGAAUUCGAAUGAAGUAAGAGGCAAACCUAAGUCUGGAAGAUUUUGGAAGUCAAAAAAAGAAAGAUUUUUGUCUAUUGUUAAAACAAAAGGAAUUAAGCCUGACUUUCAGAAGAAAACAGCCUUACGACUAGAACUUAAGAGAACAAAAGAGCUAUCCAAACAGAUCAUAGAGCAAAUCAAAGAAAAACAACAGGUUAGGAAGGAGAGAAGGCGCGAGAACAUAAAACGAGCAGAAGAGAAUAAAAGGAAAUCUGAAAUUGUACAAGUAAUAACCAAUACUGCCAAACUUAAGAGAAUGAAGAAGAAACAGUUGAGGUUUAUUGAGAAAAGGGAUACUAAUACUAGUAAUAAAUAAUUAUUUUGUUUAUUAUCUUACUUUCGUUAAAUAAUUCUUAAUAAUCAAAAUGAUUUCUUCCUGAA